AUGGACGGUGGGGAGAUGAAAGAAUACAAACUCGGAUUAGUCCAGGAAAAAAAAAAUUUAUUGACAUUUCAAUUUAAGAUCAAAUCAAUCAAUAAAGAGAAAGAGAAAGAGAAAGAUAAAGAGAAAGAGAAAGAUAGAGAGAAAGAUAAAGAGAAAGAUAAAGAGAAAGAGAAAGAUAAAGAGAAAGAGAAAGAUAGAGAGAGAGAUAAAGAGAAAGAUAAAGAGAAAGAUAAAGAGAAAGAUAAAGAGAAAGAUAAAGAUAAAGAGAAAGAUAAAGAUAAAGAGAAAGAUAGAGAGAGAGAUAAAGAAAAAGAUAAAGAGAAAGAUAAAAAGAAAGAUAAAGAGAAAGAUAAAGAGAAAGAUAAAGAGAAAGAUAAAGAGAAAGAUAAAGAGAAAGAUAAAGAUAAAGAGAAAGAUAAAGAGAAAGAUAAAGAGAAAGAGAAAGAUAAAGAGAAAGAUAAAGAGAAAGAUAGAGAGAAAGAUAAAGAGAAAGAUAAAGAGAAAGAUAAAGAGGAAGAUAGAGAGAGAGAUAAAGAGAAAGAUAAAGAGAAAGAUAGAGAGAAAGAUAAAGAGAAAGAUAAAGAGAAAGAUAGAGAGAGAGAUAAAGAGAAAGAUAGAGAGAAAGAUAAAAAGAAAGAGAGAGUGUGA